AUAUAAUUGUUGUGAUAAAAUUAUUAAAUAGUUUACCAUGUCUGAGUUUUUCGAGAAAGAAGCAGAACUAUCUGAAGAUGAAGAAAAUCAAGUGUCUUCUGAUUCAAGCGAUGAAGAAGAGGACGAGGAUGAUGACAAUGCCAUUGAUCCCGAGUUGAAGGACUUCAUCACUGACGACGUGGAGAUGGCAGAAGGCAAUGCCGAGGGAGGUGCAGAUGGGGAAGGGGAGGAGGAUAAUGACGAGAGCAUAAAUCGGAAGAAGAAGAAAAAGGAGAAGAAGAGACCCCUGGAAGAAGAAGACGACGAGGUAGACGACGAUGACCUUGACCUGAUAGAGGAGAACUUGGGAGUAAGGCUGAAGAAGAAGAACAAGUUGACCAGAGUCAUCGUGGACUCGGAUGACGAAAUGGCCAAAGAAGACAUACCAGAGGCCAAAAAGGCAAUCGAGAGAGAUCUGUUCGACUCAGAGGCUUCAGAAGAAGGAGAGUCGGGAGACGAGAAGAAAAAGAAGCCAAAACACAGGGAAGUGGAGAGGCCUCUGGAGCAUCCAGGUGUCCCGGAUGACGACGAGGAGGAAGAAGAGUCUGACGAUGACAAUAUGAACAACUUCCUUGUGGACGACGAUAUGCAACCAGUGUCUAAACCGAAAAAGAAGGGAAGAGGCAUGCAGGAUGAGUUCUUAGCCGAGGCACAGGAGCUGUUCGGCGCUGACUUCGAUAUAGCCGACUUGAAUAAGGUGAAUACAAUGGGGUUAUACGACGACGAAGAUGAAGACGACGAGGAUUACGAUGAAGAUGAAAUGGAUGAAGAUGAUGCCGAUUUCGUUGAAGAUGAGGAGGGCAAUACCAUGAGCGCAAAAUUGCUGAAGAAGAAAGCCGAAAAAAGCAAAAAAGUGAUUACUAAAAACAUUGUCAAGUUCGACCCUACCGACCUGGAAAAAGCACACUACCUGCCAGAGGACGAGAAGAUAAAAGCCCUGGACAUUCCGGAGAGGUUCCAGCUGCGGAAAACGCCAGUGGAGCCGUUCAAAAACGACGAGGAGGCAAAUGAAGAGGCUAACUGGAUCUGGUCACAGGUGUUUCAGAAUAAAGACUGUUUCAUCUCUAAUCAGUACAUCCGGUACCCUUCAUUCAACGGAACACAACUGGAGCCUCUGAAUUUGGAAGGCGACGACUCUAGACCCGGAGAGUUUUAUACAGUUAUGUUUGACGAAAAAGGACGAGAUAGCAUCCAGAAAAUCAGAGAUGUUCUGAAGCUUCUGCGAGACCAAAUGCACGAAGUUCCUUUCAUUCAUACGUACAGACGAGAGUUCUGCGAGCCGGAACUAAACGAAAUGUUUGACCUGUGGACUAUUUGGCAAAAUGAUGAAAAGUGGGUGCAACUUCAGAAACGAAAAGAACAAUUGACUCAGUUGCUCAUGCAAAUGAGGAAUUAUCUCGCUAACUUGACGAGGAAUUCGGAGGAUUACUCGAGAAUAGCGGAGAUCAGACCUCUGGAAGAGUUCGACAUAAGUCAAUUGAGAAAUGCAGAGACUAUGCAGCAGGUUGAAGAUGUAUACCAGCAUUUCAUGUUACAUUAUGGACAUUACAUACCACCCAUGAUCGAUGCCGAGAAAGCAGAAAAGGCGAGAGAAAACGGAGAAUCAGUGAAACCAGAACGGCAACGCAAACGACCAAUAAAACAACAAAUGUACAUGAUUUGCAUCAAACACAAAAUCUACAAUUUCGCAAAUCUUUUUGGACUCACUCCGGAAAAUUUUGGAGUGAAUGUUUGCGACCAGUAUCAGAAACACGAACCGACAACUAGUUCACAAUACCCUUCAGAUAUUGCCUUGGAAUUGGUUUGCGAUAAUUUUCCUACGAAAGAAACCGUUAUUAAUGCGGCUAUUUUUAUGGUUGCACAGCAACUUGCCCACGAGCCUUCAAUUCGCAAAUCGGUCCGAAAAAGCUAUGAAGAUAAAGUAGGCGUGAAUGUGCGACCAACAAAAAAGGGUCUGCAAGAAAUCGAUGAAAAUCACGCUUUAUAUUCUAUGAAAUACCUGAAAGGAAAGCCUUUGCAAUCUUUUCGCGAUGCCGAUUAUUUGAAACUAGCUGAAGCUGAGAAUCAAAAGUUGAUCGAAAUUAAAUUUGAAAUCCAAGAAAACGUCAAAGCGAUGACUGCGGCGACUAUGUUUGGCCUGGAAGGUUAUGUUGAGGACUUGGCUCUUCUGUACUAUCAAGACGGCUACUCAGAAGUCGUGAAGGCUUGGAACGAUUUAAGAAGAAAGGCCGUCCGAAUGGCGCUUGUUGAAAUUUUAUUUCCAAUUUUGGAGAAGGAAGUUAGAGAAAAGUUAACAAGGGAAGCUGAGGAGUUCGUUGUUCGAGAGUCGGUCAAUUACUUGCACUCUUUAAUUAGUGUCGAACCAUGGAAUCCGAGGAACUGUGACAAAACAGACAUGGAUGACGAAGAAGAUGAUUACGAACCGGGAUGUCGUGUUGUCUCAAUUGCUCACGGAGACGACUAUGACGAAGUCAGUUUUGCUGUUUACCUAGACAAAAAUGGAGUUUGCAAAGAUUUUGUGAGACUCCCUAACUUGACUCGCCAUGGACGCAAAAAGGAAGAUAAAGAGCUUCUGAAUAUCGCCUUUGCUUCAUUGAGUGACUUUAUUCAGAGAGUAAGGCCACAUGUUACAGUAGUGUGUACGGGAUCUUACAUUGCAAAAACUCUGGGUAUUAAUGUAGAAAAUUUGUUGAUAAGUUUGGAGAAGGAAAUUCAAUUUCCAAUCGUGGCCUUAGAAUUGGUCAAUGACGAUUUGGCGUCGGUGUAUGAGAAAUCGGCAAAGGCCGUAAAAGAGUUCCCAGAUUAUCCUCCUAUGUUACGCAGAGCGAUAUCAGCUGGAAGGCGAUUGCAGGACCCGCUAGCCGAAUUUUGUCAGAUGGCAGAAGACAAUAAAGACCUGCUGAGUUUCAAGUUCAACGCAUUGCAAGGCUUGGUUCCUCAGGAGGACCUCAUUGAAGCCUUGACUACAGAGCUAGUGUCCAUGGUGAACAAAGUGGGAGUUGAUGUGAACAGAGCGCUGGACUACCCUCAUCAUUCGUACUCUUUAAAUUACGUAUGCGGUCUCGGACCAAGAAAAGCUUCUGCCUUGUUACAGUUCCUCUCUCGCAGAAAUAAAAAGCUAGUUAACAGAACACAAUUGGUGACUGAGCUUAAAAUGGGUCCCAAAUUGUUUGUUAACUGUGCUGGCUUCAUCAAAAUUGACGUCAGAUCUUUCGAUCCGGAAAAUACGGACGAUGAAACCUGGUUAGACCCUCUGGACUCGACUCGGAUUCACCCAGAAACUUAUGAAUGGGCAAGAAAAAUGGCGGUGGACGCUUUGGAAUAUGAUGACGUUGAUGCGGACGAACAAGGUCAACAGAGAACUGCAAGGGCUGUCGAGGAAAUCAUGGAGGCUCCUGAUAAGUUAAAAGACCUGGACUUGGACGCUUUUGCAGACGAACUUAAUCGCCAACAGUUCGGACAGAAGAAUACAACACUUUACGAUAUCAGCUUGGAGCUGUCUAAUCCUUUCAAGGACAGAAUUAGGCACCUUCAGGCUCAACUUCCUCCCCUGGUUAGGUUCGAAAUGUUGACUAAAGAAACCCCUGAGUCGCUAUUUUUGGGAAAGAUGUUGGAAGUAACGGUUGUAGCACUCGUGUCGAGGUUCCCAAAUGACGAGUCACAUCAGAAAAUGGGAAGUUUGGAAAGAUCAGAAAACGGACGCUGGAAGUGUCCCUUUUGUAAUAUGGAUCACUUCUUGGAGAUCCAAGAUGUUUGGAAUCACUUCGAUUCCAAGAAAUGUGACGGAAAAGUAAUUGGAGUCCGUGUCAAGUUGGAAAACGGGAUGUUGGGUUUUAUUCUCACGAAAUAUCUAUCCGAUAACCCGGUGGAACAUCCUUUCGAGAAAGUAAGUCUUGGUCAAACUAUUAAAGCACGUAUCAGAGAGCUUGAGUGCUCGACUUUCAGAUGCGACUUAACAUGUAGAACAAGUGAUUUGGUGGAUGAGUUGAACGAGUAUGCCCCGAAAAAGGAUGAAUGUUACGACAAAGCGACAGAAGAAAGAGAGAAGUUAGAAGUAAAAGCGAAGGCGGAAAAGGAACAGAAGAAAAAGCAGUAUUUGAAGAGAGUGAUAGUGCAUCCUAAUUUUGAGAACGUGACAUUUGAGAAGUGUCUGGAGAGAUUGAAGUACCAGGACCAAGGCGACUGCCUUUUCAGGCCUUCAAGUAAAGGUCCUGGACACUUGACGUGCACUUGGAAAGUGGAGGAAGAUAUCUAUCAGCACAUUUCAAUCGAGGAGCAGCAGCAGGAAAACAGUUUCUCCCUCGGCAAGACCCUCGUCAUUAAUGGACAGGAGUUUGAGGACUUGGAUGAAGUAAUUGCAACCUACAUAAAACCAAUGGCACUGUUGGUGCGAGAAAUAUCAACCUACAAGUACUACUUCAAACCAACAAAUGAUAGAACUAUUAUAGAGCGAGAUCUUUUGCAGCAGAAAAUGGCAAAUCCCUCCAAAAUUCCGUAUUUCCUGACUGCAUGUAUCAAGAGGCCUGGAUGCUUUUAUAUUGUUUACUUGCCUCGACAGUCGGUAAUUUGGGAGUACAUCUCGAUUAACCCUAACGGCUUUAAAUAUCGCAAUAAAGUGUUUGACAAUUUGAACAAGCUUUUGGGCUGGUUCAAAGUCCAUUUUCGAGAUCCAAGACCUGACGCCAGACCGCCCCAGCAGUUGCAAUCUUCAAUAGCAGCAGCUGAUUAUGGGCUGGGUCUGAAUCAAACAAGUCGUGUGCCAGGUAGUUCGAGGCCCCACGCUGACUAUGGUCGUCAAAUGACGCCAAGAUACAAUACACAGUAUGAUUUGGGAUCCAAUCAGAGAUCUUCCUCAAUUUCGCCCCCUCUCGGCAGCCAAUCACACCACAGCAGACCUAACUACAUGUCAGGAGCCGGGGGGUCGAACACUCCUUCCCACUAUGGGUCUCACACUCCGAGUAGAUCACACCACAAUCACCAAGUCCCCCAAUCUACAUACUCAUAGACAGUAGACUGUUGAUUAGAUAGAAAAGGAACUACAGAUGACAAAUUAGUUAAACGUUUCAUACUAGCAGAAGAAACAUGCUGAUAAUUUUCAAAUAAUAGCUCUGAUCUGGUAAAAUUCUGAGUAAUAAAUCUGACACUGAUGGUUUUUUGGAAUUGUAUCGUUUUUUAAUUGACAAAUAUUAAAAAUAUUAACUAAGUUAAAGCUCAAAGGAAAGUUUUGCAGCUUCAAAAAAAUUAUUGUUCCGCCCACUUCACAAAAAAAGGAACGAAGUGCAGUGCGUAUUCAAAUUAUCCGGUAAAUUUCUUAAACUCUGUUGGGCUACGUAAGAGUUUGAUAUAAAUAUGUCCAUGAUUGACUCGGUAGUUUUGGUGUAAUAUUUGAUUUACUAAAAAACCAAAAAUGAUCAUUGCACCAUAAUGAGUGCACCAGAUUAAUUCUGCUAAAAUGCUGAGAAAAUUUUUUCUUCAUCCUUUUUAACCUUAAGUCAACCCAAUUUGAGAAAACCGCGUUUUAAUUUUCAAUUUUAAAGCGUUUUGUCCGGAUAAUUCAAAUCAGCACUGUUUUUUUUCGUCCCAUUUUGACUACCUCGAAGAAAGCUCAUAUUAAAGCCAUAUGAGCUGAUUAAAAAUCCGGUUAAAAACUUCAAAUUUCUCUUACUGUUGAGAAAAACUGGUCUGAAGUUUUCCAUUUUUCAAACUGGGUGGCACGAAAUUUUCGAAUGAUACACAAUGAGAAAAUGAACUUUCAUUUUAAUUAUUCUACAACAUGAAAGUUAUUUUAGCUAUUAUUACCACUCAUUCUUGCAGUUUUUCACUUAUUUCAAUUUUCUUUUCCAAAAAAAAGUAACACGUAAUUUAAACAAAAAAGAACAAAAAAUUGGAUUGUUUAUUUUCAAACUUUCUUUAUUUUGAAUUUGUUUUUAAAUCAGUGAGAUCAGAAUAUUCUGUGCUCGCUUACAGCAACCGCUUGUCCUUAUUCAAAUUUGUUGAUGUUUAUUUGGUUACCGAAAACGAUAUAAACAAUGUGUUGUACUGAUAAAACUUACAAUGAUUAAGUACCUACUGAAUAUAUUUAUGAAUCUGUAAAGGUGUUUUGUGCCGAAAUAGUAAACUCAUUCAAGGUUUCGAGUGAUAAAUUUACUGCUUUUAAUUCUUC